AUGGCCAAACAUGACAUAGGGGUGCUGCGCGCAGUGUUCUUUCGACCUCGAAAGCCUUUCCAUGUCCAACGAACAAGACCUCGUCGUCAUGCUUCUACGGGCAACUCACCACCCAGCGGCGACAAUCCUGAUUUCGUCUCGAUAGUCGAUGCUCCUGCUAGACUAGUGUCCGUGGGCAAGAAGCACUCGAAGCUUGGGAUCGCGGUGCUCGCUGUCAUACCGUUCACAGCGUUCUGUCUAGGGACAUGGCAGGUUCAGAGACUGGAUUGGAAAACAAAGUUGGUCGCAAGGUUCGAGGAUCGACUUGUACGCCCGCCGUUACCGCUUCCUCCACGAAUCGACCCAGAAGCCAUUCAUGAGUUUGAUUACAGAAGGGUGUAUGCAACCGGGAAGUUUCGGCACGACAAAGAAAUGCUGAUAGGCCCCCGAACGCAGGAUGGAAAAGAUGGAUUCAUGGUUAUCACUCCUCUCGAGCGAGAAGGUGGUAGCACAAUACUCAUCAACAGAGGCUGGAUCAGCCGGGAGAAGAAGUUUCAGCAAGACAGACAUCCUUCCUCGCUUCCUCGAGGCGAGAUCACGGUCUCUGGCCUGCUCAGAGAACCUUGGAAAAAGAACAUGUUCACGCCUAAUAACGUCCCAGAACAGGGCAAAUUCUAUUUCCCGGACGUCGUGCAGAUGGCGAGCGUCACAGGCGCGGAGCCUAUAUGGAUCGAAGAGACCAUGACACCAGACCUUCUGGUCAGUUACGAUCGAGAAGCCAAAGGAAUCCCAAUUGGGAGAGCAGCAGAGGUCAACCUCAGAAAUAAUCAUGUUCAGUACAUAUUUACAUGGUACUCGUUAUCCGCUGCCACGGCGCUCAUGAUGUGGAUGCUCCUCAAAAAAGCACCGGUGGAUCGUGCAAGGAGAGUCCGCCAUGUGACAAAUUGGUGA